GGAGCGAGGGCGGCGUGAGCGCCUUCGUCUGGCGUGGAAUAUCAGCCCCCAUCCGGCAGGGACGUUAUCACUGCUGGCCGGGACACCGCCGCGCCCGCACCUUUCCGUCCGAGUCCGCCAGUGUGUGCGUGAGUGCGUGCGAGAGCGGUCGUGUGUGGCUGGCUCCGCGUCCGUUCAUUCGUUCCUCUGGACAAGAUAAGAGCACGUGUGUGUUUCACUCCUUCCUCGGCAGGUGUCAGAAGAAUUGCGAGGCGACGGCGAGAGACCUGUUGUGACGUAUCCUGACCUCUCCCCUUCCUCUCGUCGUGACCUUUGACCUCUUGGCCAUGGAGGAUUGUAAUGGGGAUGUGCAAGUCGAGCAGGCGGAAUCGGCCGAGGCGUCGCAGCCCACGCUCCUUCUGAACGGCGAGGCCCUCCAGAGCCACCAGGUGGAGGAACUGACCGGGUAUUCCGGCGGAGGAACGCCUGUCGACGGCCGAGUUGAGGAGCUGCGGGAGGAAGUGCAGGACCUGGUGGUAGCUGAGGAGGAGUCCGACGAGGAGGAGCUCUGUGGAGAGGAGGAAGAGGACGAGGAAGACGACGACGAGGAGUACGACGAGGACGACGACGACGAGAAUUCCGCUGAAGACCUCGAGGAAGAAGAGGAUGAGGAGGAGGAGCUAGUCAAGAAAGCGCAGGAAGAGGAACGGAAAAAGAGAGCGCAGGAGGAGGAAGAGGCCAAGAGAGCCAAGCAGGAGGACGUGAUCAAGAAAGCCCCGAAGGAGGACCUAGUCAGGGAAAAGCGGGAGGCCGACCUCAUCGAGGAGCGGCCGCGGAGGAACCAGGACUCGCCCAAAAUCGGCGUCAAGCAGAGGAUCGAGGAGGCCACGCGGAGGGCGGAGAACGAAGAGAGGAAACAGGAGAAGGAGCUCGAGAACCACAGACAGAAGGCCAACAACAACAUGGCGGACGCGAAGAAGAGCAGAUUCGGUGGCAACAUCGAGGUUCACAGUGUACCCGCACUUGUGUACGCUAUGGAAAAGUUAGAAGUGGCUGGGCGUGUAAUGCAUAAGACGUGCUUCCGGUGCUGCAAAUGUAACUCGCAACUAAGUGUUGGCAGAUUCUCCAUCGGCGGCGACGAUCUGUAUUGCAUGACCCACUACAAGCAGGCCUUCAGGGAGAAGGGGACCUACGAUGUGUUCACUCCUAACAAUCCCUGCAAAGGGAAAUGGGAGGCAAAAGCCCAGCAAUGACGUGGAAGUGUUAAUGUAUAGUUGGGGACCACAUUCACAGCAUCCACAGGUUGAGCAAUGUAAUUCUUCAGACUCUGAGUGUUUAUGGCGACUAAGAACAUCAAAUGGUGCGAGUUUUCCAGCAUAUCUGAAGGCAGUAUUUUAGAGAAAAUGAGAGCAGAAAUCGGAACUACUUUUACUUUAUUUUUGUAAAUGAUAAUGUAAUAUAGAAAUAUCUGCAUCUGUAAUUUCCUGAAACACAACAAUCCUGUGAAAGCCUCCAUUUCUGUGCCUUAGCACUUCACAUGCUCCAUUUUUUGUAUAUUUUUUCGAGAGUAAUUUUUUUAAUGACCUGGAAAAUAGAUGUUUACUGCUUUGCAUGACUGACAUGCAAAAGUUAGACCCCUUCUACUACAUGAUUAUGUCCUAAUCCUAAUGUAAUAAAUUUUGUGCUUUUGUAGUUUUAAAUUUUUGCCAUGACAUACAGGAAAUAUGAUUCUUGAAUUUGUACAAUAUAUUAUGUUUAUGUUGAACAUCACUUAGAAAUAUUACAUUAGGACAAUGACAAUGAUGAUAAAAUGAUUGUCAGUUUAAUGUUAUGCUAUGGAUAUCCUUUAAACUAUACAAUUAGACAUAGUCAUAUUUAUUUGCUUCGAUUUUAAUUUUAACUGAUUUGUUGUAAUAUUUUUUUUUGUAAAAAUACAAUUUCUCCUAAGAGGAAAAGUAUAUAAAGUGUCUUUAUGUCAAGAACACUUCAUUUCAUUGUCUUUAAUUGAAAGAAUUGUCUCAUUUUGAAAAGACUGAUUUUAUUUUUUACCUUUUGAUAAUAAUGUGGUCAGUUUGAUAUUCACAUUCUUUGAUUAAUCUGGCUCUAGAAGUAACUUGGCCCAACAGUGUAUGCUUUGGCCAUGAUCUCCAUUUUCAAGAUGUGUGUAUAGAAUAUGUCAUGUACACAUUACAAUAUUCUGUCCAAAGAUAGAUUAUGGAGCAUCUCAGACCUUUGAUAUGGCCUUGGAAUAUUUUUUUUUUCUCAGAAAAAGAGUGAGUUGUUUUCUGUGUGAUAAUAAGCUUUUUUGUGAUAACCAAGAUUUAAUACCAAUUUUGAAUUCUUAACCCCAUUUUGGUUUUCAAAAUAUUUAGUCUACUUCAAUGGAAUGAGUCAACAAUAUAUGCCAUAUUGUUUUGUGAUCAGCUUUAAGAGUGUUCUUGUAAUUCUAAUCUCCAAUUUACCUACUAAGUAAUACUUUUUGAUGUUUUUGAAAUAAGAAUACUACUUGAUAUAUAUACACUGAAUGGCCUUUUUAGGUUUCAUGUAUUUAUAAAACUUGAAUUGUAAGUACAUAUGUAUAUAUUUUUUCAUCAAAAUUAAAUGUACUUGUUCAUAACACUUUCAUAUCACAGUACUUAUUGUAUGUACAUGUACGUACUUCUUACUGUAUAAAGAACAGGUAUAGACUUUCAUGAUCAAAGAAUAUCCAAUAAUUUGGAUAUCAAUUUUAUAAUUAUAUUUAAGAUACAAUUACAUUAAAGGUAUCCAAAUAUAUAUUCGUAAACCAAAGAGAGGAUAAUGAAAAUGUUGGUAUUACUGUAGAUCUUUUUACUUGUAGAUAAAGGUGAGCCACAACUACAUUUAGCCACAAUUAUUUAUGAUUAUAUGUAUGAAAGCUAUAAAAUAAAUACAAAAAAUUAU